AUGGGUGCUAGUCGACCCCUACUCUACGGCUUGACUGCAAAGCUUGAGCCACCAUCAUUCCGCGCAGGGCGAGUCGAAGACCAACGAUCGCAACAGCCGAAGCAAGAGCCGACCACGCUCCUGUCUACGCCUGGUCUGGUCCCCGACGAUGGCGAGGAUGAUUGGCAGGGCGUGUAUCUGACCAACCCGGCUUCACCAGCAGCUGCGUCUCUCCCGCAAAACGAGGACGACUAUAUCUACAUCGACAGUGACGACGAUCUCGCCCAGGCGGGCCAUGUAUAUCCAGAGGAUGACGGCGUGGAGGUGAAGAAAGAGGUGGAUAUGGAUGAGUAUGUCCGGCAGUUCGAGCUGCCUGAGCUCGGUACCGGAGACACGACGACCUUGGCAAUGCACCCUGCAGCAGAGCUGAAGCCAGCUAAUGCCGCAUCCUAUCAGCCAGUGAAGGAGAUAUUCUCAAGGUCACCCAGCCCAGCUACGCUGCAGUCGAGGAAGUCGGCUGGAUCGGAACAUGCGCUUGCUACAUCGGCAGUCAGCAUAGCGUCGGCUCGUCUUGUUCGAGGGAAGCGAGCCAAUAAGUCAACACAGCAAGAAGAAGAGCCGUUGUUUGUGAAAGCUGAGCCUGGACUUGGUGACAUGCCCGACAAUGUAUUCAGAAGAGGACCGCAAUAUGAUCAUCGCAAGCUCGACCCCAACGACGAGCAGCCGCCAACAGCGUGCUUCGAAGACCACGCCCAUAACGCUCUAGUCCACAUUUUGACGUGCGGCCAUCGACACGUCACCGCUACGCCACGGGCAUGUAAUCGCAGCUGUCGCUUGAGCGACAAUGCUGAGUCCAAAACUAAAAGCCACGGCAGCUUCGCGUGUGAGCAUCGACAGUGCGUCCAGAAGGAGAAGAAGCUGGGCGCGGUGUUCAACAAGAGCUACAAGGGUGGCGAUAUCAAGGUCCGUAAGCCAGUAAAGGCGCGGGCGAACACCACCUACUACGUCGACCGCCUCUCGCGCGCGCUCAAGAUCGAUGGCAGCGACAAGCUCUUCGCGAUGCCAGAAGAAGAGAGGCGCAAGAGGCAGUUUGCCCAUGCUGAGCUGGCUGAUUCGAGGCCGAGGAAAGAGCCACCGCACUCGUACGGUGGUAAGAUCCGUGAGCAGCAUCUCUUCGAAUACACCAUACCUGACAGUAUGCAAGCUGAGAUGAAGGACGAGGAGAACAACGUCACCUCGGAGAAUGCUGCUGAUGGAAGAGCUCGCCUGAACAGCAACAGGAAUGGCUUCUAUGCAGCAGAAGACCGUGACGAGCAGGAUGUAGGUGAUGACCAGGCGGAGCAGGAUGAUGAUGAAGUGAUCGAGCUUCAUUGCACAUGCGGCUCGCCGGCCGACAGCCACAUGGUCCAGUGCACCGACUGUGCUAACUACUUUCACCCGAAAUGUGUUGGCAAAGGCGAGUUCAGCCCAGAGGAGUACGAGGGUGAACGCGGCCACCAUGCUCUGCAAGCGGACUUCGAUCGCUACCAGGAUGGCGACGAAGAAUUCUUGUGCGUUUCUUGCGACAACGUCUUCAAAUCUGUACUGGCCGAAAGCAUCCUACAUACCAAGACCAUGCGCAAUAUCAAGGACGAGGGCAAGACAGCAGCUCAUCAGAGGGCUGCUGAUCAGCUUCAGUACCACACAGGUCCGGCAAUGAAGCGUCGAAUUGCGCUGCAGAAAGCGAACGGUGAUCCGAUCACGGUCAAAGCUGCGAAUGACGCGUACGCUGCAGCGGUCGAGGCGGCGACGAAGCUCGAUCAAGAGCUGUUCGGUGGAAGCGAUGACGAUGCAACGAAAGACAGCAAGACUCUUCGCUUUACUACUCGACAGCAGGAGAAGAAUAAAGGCGUCGUGCUUGAAAAGAUCGUCGGCCAGAAGACUCGGAUCGGCAAGCCCAGUAAGACCAAGACCAAGCACGGUUUCAAUACCGCCAUCAUGGAUACUGUCCUCGCCAACAACACGACCCCGUCGGCAGCUGUGAAGGCGCCUCCGUACCAAGGCGAAUUGGGACGAGAGCAUCGUCGAGUGUGA